AUGGCAGACGGCGGACCCGGUUUCGAGGGUGUUCCCAUGCAAGGACCGGACCCCUACGGUAACCAAAACAAUGCCGAAGGCUCGUAUAAGCCGAUAGCACCAUACGGCGCCGCAAACUAUACAAGACCUAGGCCGACCACCGCGGGUCAUAUAUCGAGAUGGCUCCAAUUCAUAAUCAAGCACCGAAGGGGUCGCGAUAACCUGGCGCAUAUCAAUAGAAUCCUCUCUACAACAUCAGGCACAGACAAACUCCUUAUGCUGGCAGGUUACACCUUAAUGGCCCUGACUGCUGCCCUUGAACGCGUAAACGGUCCCAUACCAGCCGGCGUCGACCUCCUCAAAGCCGCAACAACCUUUCCCCUCCCCGCCUUCCCAGCAAUCCGUUCCCUAGAAGUCCGUCUAAGAGCUCUAUCCGGCAUAAUCUCCGACUUCCGUAUUUUCUCCCGUCUCUGGGGUCUCUUCGGAAUCGCCGAAUGGGCCGUCCAAGUCUACGAAGCCCCUCCAAAGGACCAACAACUCCGGCAAAUAGCCUACGCUCAAGUCUGCGUAAACAUUAUCUACCAAUCCCUCGAGAAUGUUGCCUAUUUAUCCCAACAUAAGAUCUUACGGUAUUCCAAUGCCACGCAGAACAAACUUUGGGCAUGGAGCUGUAGGUUUUGGGCGGCUCAUGUGGCAUUAGACUUUUGUAGGUUGUGGAGGAUUAGGAUGUUACGGCAUAAUUAUAAGGGUGUGACGGAUGCCGAGGAUCAUGAGUGGUGGAGACAGAUUAGUAGUAAUCUGUGCUGGGCGCCGUUGACGAUUCAUUGGAGUAUAGAGAAUGGCGGGUUGCUAGAUGGGUUUACGACUGGAGCAUUGGGUACCGCGGCUGGUAUUUUGAGCGUACAGCACGUCUGGAGGCAGACAAGGACUUAA